ACACUUCAUUUGCAGAGAGGUUCGACACUUGGCACAACAGCAGCUUUUGGCAGUGAUGCCGGGAUCGGCGCUGUGAUUGGAAACAAUUUCGCAGGCACAAACGGAGUCGGGUCCUACACAAAGUCUCUGGAACACAGCCGCCAAGAACAAGUCACAACACGUUCCGAAAGCGUGGAGAUCCACGACCUGAGUGACGUGGACGUAGCAGUGACACCUAUCAAAAACUCUCGUCGACCGCCGCGGGAUUCCGAGUCCAGCGAUGUGGAAGAUCUCAGGGUGCAGGAUUACGUCGAAGCAGCCGCCGUUCCUUUGGCCGAAGGCGAAGAGGAUCUCUUUGAAAAAGAAGUAUUCCCGAGAACGAAAAUAAUAAGAGACGGAAACGCGAGUGCUUCCGAAAAGCUGAGCCAUUCAUCCGUGGAGCGAAAAAGCGACGAAAGUUCCGAGAUUCCUCGAACAAAAGAUGAAGGCAACGCGGAUUCCUCGUCUUUGAAUGAAAAAGACCAGAUUCCGGGAAAACGACAUAUCGAAAGAGGAUUCGCAGAUGAACUGAGUGAAAUCGUUGCUUCGGAUCCCACUGCAGAAAGCGAAAAUCGAGAAAAAAUCUCAAUUCACGCAGGAAAGGAAGAAGCUAGCGGCGAUCAAGAAAUUGAGCCUUUAUUGCCUUCAGAAGAACCCGAAGAAACCAACGAAACCCCGACAGAAAGCCCUAAAGAUCCCUCCACUCCAAGUGCCACACUUCAGCCUGAAGGAGUCCAAAAACCAAAUGAAAUAGAAGCCUUGGGAUCGCAAAUUUCACUUCGAGAAACCGAAGCUGAUGAAGUCAAUUCACCCGUGGAAUGUUCGGGAAAAUCUGAAAAUUCUCCCGGAAUUGCGCAGCGUGAGGGAGAAGGUAUUUUUAGCGAGGAGAUCUUCGAGGAACGCAUUGAAAAUAAAAUUUUUGAGACGCAGGACUCGUCAGAAACAGCUGAGAAAAAUCAACAAUCGCCAGAUGACGACGAGAAAAACGAUUUCGCAUCAACUUCCGAGGAUGAUGUCAUUGCUGAGACGACGAUUCUCGCGUCUCAAAACACUGUUCCGAAUUUAGAAUCACCUGCAAUGUUUGAAACCGCGUCAGAGUCUGAAACUUUCAGAGCACAUUACGAAGGGGAAAUUACAUCCGAAUUCCUCGUCUCGUCGGAAACUCGUCCAACAGUCCAUCAAUCGUCUUCGGGACCAGCAGACCCUCACUACUCCAAUGAGUCGUCAGAAGGUACUCAAGGCGAAAUUCCAGAAAGUUUGGCUGAUCGAACAUUUGCACCGCGACGUGACGGAGGCAAAUCGUCCGAAGACCACAUUUUACCGUCGACGUCUGGCUCGUCGUCUGAUGACACAAUCCAUGGGGAUUAUCUCAGCCCACUCAUUCUUCCUGCGAUUCACAGUACUGAGGAAGAGGAACAGAUUGACAAAGAGCUUACUGAUGGAUCCGAAAUAUCUCUCCAGGCUCUGUCAAAUAAACUAACAUCCGGAAGUCAUCAGCCUGAGACACAUGACGUUGCAGGAGUACGAGAAGAUGCAUCCCCUGUGACGAAUGACGACCACGAAGACACUUUAUUUGCUGAAACGUCUGAAAAUUCGCCAGAAAAAGCUUCUAUAGUGACGAUUGCGUCAGAAAAACUUGUCGUCGAACAGGAAGAAUUCUUCGAUGGUGUGUCGCAAUCUGAAAGUCGUCAACCAGCAGCAGAAAUCUCUGACGCUCCAGUUCAAGAAAAUGCAUCACCCGACGAGACGAUUGAACAAAGUGACAACAACUCAAUGGCGAAAGCUUCAGAAAAUGUACUUGCAAGUGCACCUUCACUAACAAUUGCUUCGGAAAAACUCGUGCUGGAACAAGAAGAUUUAUUCGUGGAUUUAGUAACACCUGAAAUCUCUCCACCAGCAGAAACUGCUGACGCUCGACUUCAAGAAAAUUCAUCAUCCGAGACGAUCAAACAGUGGGAAGAGAAUUUAACCUCGGAAAAUUUAGUUGCAACUGCACCUUCGCCAACAAUUGCUCCAGAAACAAUCGUGGGACAAGAAGAAUUAUCGCAGGAUUUUCUGAAAUCUGAAAGUCGUCAACCAUCAGCAAUUGCUGAUAAUCGUGUUCAAGAAGAGUCAUCACCUGUGACAAUGGAACAGUGUGACAUCUACUUAAUUGGCGAAACUUCAGAUGCAACUGCGAAUGCACUAACAAUUGCUUCAGAAAAAAUUACGCAACAAGAAGCAUUUUUCGAUGAUUCAUUAGAAUCUGAAAGUCAUCGACCAAAAAUUGACGCUCGAGUUCAAGAAAAUUCAUCAUCACCUGUGACGAUUGAAGAGCAUGAAGAAGCUUUCAUUGCUGAAACCUCGGAAAAUUUACUCGCAACUGCAUCUUCAGUAACAAUUGCGUCAGAAAAACUUGUCAAACGAGAAGAAUCAUUUGAUGAUUUGUCAGCAUCUGAAAGUCAUCAGCAACAGGAUAUUGGCGAUCAAGCCCAAAGAUAUGCAUUAACUGAAACGAUUGACGAGUGCAAAGAAACCUUCUGCAUUGAAACCCACGGAAAUGUACCAACAGAAGCACCUUCAGGAAAAAUUGAGGAACAGGAAUUAUUAUUUGAUGAUUUGUCAAAAUCUGAAGAUCAUCAGCAAGAAAUUGACGACGCUCGAAUCCAAGACUCUGCCGAGUCUGAAACAAUAACCGAGCACGAAAAAACUCUCAGCUUCGAAACCUCUGAAACUUUACCCGCAACAGCAUCUUUAGUUACAAUGGUUUCAGGAAAGCUUGCUGUGGAACAAGGUGAAUUGAAUGAUGAUCACGAAGAAGCUGUUGAUGAUGGAAGUGAUCAAACAGAAAUUGCUGAUGUUCGAGUGGGAGAAAAUCCACUGCCUUCACUGACUGACGAACGCGAAGAAACGAUAGUUUCUCAAAUCUCUGAAAAUUUACCCACGACUACGACAUCAUCAGAGAAAAUGGCCGAACCAGAAGAUUUUAUCCCUGCUGCUGCUUCACCAGCCACUGAAACAAAUGAGAAUGACAUCACCCUCACUCAAAUCGAACCUCAAUUGAACUUUGCCAUUAAACCCCUCACUUCCGAAGCUUAUGCUCUCGAACACAGGCUGUCUGAAGAAGCCUUGUUCAGACCGGAAGUGGUCUCAUUCAUUCCUGACUGCAAAGAGGAAGGACCAAACUUUGACUCAGCAAUCGGAGACUCUUUGCUGGUGGAAGAAGAAAGCUCAGUCUCGGAUUUUCCCACGCAAAUUCUAGAAGACAGUUUGAGAAACGACAAGGAUUCUCAAAAUUUUCUCACUGAUUCUGACCAAAUUCCAGCUCUUGGUGAAGCUAAAAUGAAACCACCAGCAGUUAUUCUGGGGAACUUGACUGAAACACAAAUGUAUUUCGAGGCACCCGAAAGUUCGCUUGCUAAAAACGAUGGCUUAUUUUCAGAAGAGCAGCUUCAAUUCGAGGAAAGUUCAAGGCCUGUAGAUGUCGUUUUCAACACUUCCGAAGUUUCAAGUUCGUUAGAUAUUUUUAACGAAGGAAAAGCGGGAUUAAAAGAAAGUUUUGUCGACAUUUUGGAAAGAAAAUUCUGUGAUGAUGCAGAGGAAACUAUUUCAUCUCCUGAACUUGUUUUUGCCUCAGAAAACACGACAGAAUUUUCAGCAGGAAACGAAAUUUUUCUUCACGAAACAGAUGAUUUCAAACGGAUUUCGACUCAAGAAAUCGAAUCUCCAGAAAUAGAUGUUGAGAAUGUUCGAAUUGAAAUGUCAGCUCAGGAAGAUGCAUCUAUACUCCAGCAGGAAGAGCCCCUCGAAAUCCCAACAACAUCGAGCAGCAUUGUUUCAAAAAUCCCCAUAGAAACUGAAACUUUUGGAAACAUUCUGCUGGACUCUCUCGGGAAAUCCAAAAUCGAAGAAAUCACCCCAGAAAAGGCAACGGCAAUCGAUCCCUUCGAGGAAAUCGAAGAAUCAGUGGAAGCAACAGAUUUAGAUUUCAAUGCAGUCGACGAUGUCGAGAAGCUUCAGCAAAUGGUCCUCGAAGAUUCCUUCACAUCUCACGACAGCGUCGAAACCAGCGUUUCUUUGUUACGAAACGAUUCAAUUUCUCAUGUUCCCAACGAAACAGAACUCACACAUUUCGAAGAGAAAAUUGCAUCACCUUUUCACGUGGAUCAAGCAGUGAAAUCUUCCCAGAAAACCGAAGAAAUCGAAAAAGAAGUCCUCCAAGAGACCGAAAGCUCAACCAAAGAGCCUGAAGAUGCUCUUGAAGCGAACCAAGGAGCGACAUCUUCCCAGAAAAUGGGGGAAGUCGAGAAAGAAGACGUUGAAGACACCGAAAAUUCAAAUGAAAAGCCUGAAGAUGCUCCUGAAGUGAAUCAGGGAGCGACAUCAUCCCUUGAAAUUGGAGAACUCGAGACAGAAGACCACCAAGAGACCGGAAAUUCAAAUAGAAAGCCUGCUGAAGAUGCUCCUGAAGUGGACCAAGUAGCGACAUCUUCCCUUGAAAUGAGAGAACUCGAGAAAGAAGACAACCGAGAGACUUCGGAAACGGAAUCUACCCACAGAUUAGGACAAGAUGAUGCAAAACAUUCGCAAGACGCUGAAAAAUUGACUUGUGACUAUCAAGAAGAACAGCAGAAUCCUCUUUGCGAUACCCCAGAUGAACCAUCGGAAACUUCAUCAACAUACACUGCGUCUCUUGAGGAAAUUAUCACCAGGGAACUUCCAUCGCUGACUUCGUUCCCCAUUAGCUUAUCUCGAGCCCCAGCCGAAAUCGAGCCCGGACAUUAUCCGAAUAGCGAGCAAAUCGAUGCACCAUGUGUUUAUUUGGACCCAGAAAGUCCUAGCGUAUCUGGUGCAGCUGAACCGGCAAAUAAUCAAGUCCCAUCAGAAGCUGUUAUUACGGCUGAGAAUCUUCUUUCAAACAACCCAGACGGAGAACCAGUUGCCGAACAUCUGCAACGUAGUGGCACGUGCAAAAAACCUGAUGGUGUUGAAAACCUAUCGGAACAAGCGGACUCUUCAACUUCUGCAGACGAAGAAGAUCUUUUCAACGAAGCAGUGCAAAUAUCUAAAGACGGCAAUAUGACCUUAGGAGGAGAAGAAUCUCUGGAUGGACCAGGGGAUAAAACCCUCGAGGGUAGUCUUAUCGAAGACACUAGCAACAUCACGGACGCUGAACCCGAACCAGACGAUUCCCAAGAGGUUGCAGUUGAAGAUAUCACUCGGACUCAAGAUACUGUUCCCAAUGACGAAGAUCAAAUAGCAGAUGUGAAUUCUGAAGUCGAAGCUGAAAGCCAAGAAGAAGCGACGAUAGUUGACACCAAUUUAUCCGAAGAGCAAAAUUCGCCGUCUGAAAUGGAUCCACCAGAUUUCGGAGAAGCUACUGAUGACAAAGGAAAUCCCAAUGAUUCCAAAAUUAUCAUCGAAUCUUCAUCAACUGCUGAUCGCGAAGAAGUGACUGCUGCUGCUGCUGAAGAAAACGUUGAAAUUCAAAUCGAAGAGAAAUCCGUGGCAAAUAAUGGCGAACUCGUCAUUAAUGACGUCAACGACGCGCCUGAAAUCGUUCAGGAAUCAUCCGAAGACCUCGGAACUCCCGAUCAUCAGCACUCAGCAGAUCCCAGCAUUGAAACUCAGAAUACGAAUGUUGCACAG